AUGUCCUCCGCUGUCACCCCCUCGGACUCCGCAUGUCACCCCUCCGACGCCUGUUGGCCCAGGUACUCCUCCGGCCGCUCCUGGACAGGUCUCCCACCGCCGCUUCCGCCUCUGGUCCACUCCAAACCCCGCUUCCGCCCCUCGGUGCUCCCCGCUCCUUGUAGCCCCUCCGCAGUAUACGCUGAACCCCCGUUCCACACCGCGAGCAUUCUGCACACCCCCAAACAAACCGGCCAAAGCUUUGGCCAAGGCACGCUCUCGCCGCCACAACGUGCAGCUCUCUGGGAAGAUGCCCGACAGGACUACAUGGGUUUUUUUAUGGAGCGUAUGGAACGUGCUGGGAUCCGCCGGGCCGUCUUGAGGCUUGGUGAGGGUCAGGCAGAUGAAGUGUUUGAUGAAGUCAAAUCGGAUAUCCUCACCCUCCAAGGAAAUCUAGUACUCAUGAACCAGCUACUGAUCCAAAAGACCGUCAACUCGGAAGUCCCAGAACACUUUGAACAGCUCAUGGAGAUGGCCAGUUGGGCUUGUGACCUUGAUGCUUGUCACAACAACACCGGGGAAGAGGGAGAUGAAGAGCGGACUGGAGAAUAUGAACUGGGGGUUUGCAAAUGGAAAACGCUUGGCUUUGAUUUGGCUAAUCUACUCAAUGAUUCCAAGAAAAUCGUCAUCGACCUUUACGAGUGGAAUGUAACAGAUGCCCAAGCUGAUCAACUGAUCACAGUCUUCAAGCCGUUCAUGCUCAACUACCCCAAAUUACACCAUUUGGCAUUAGAUUUCUUCAAGUUAAUGUGGAAUGAAUCUGGCGCAACAACCCAUGAUUUUGAAAGGGUUGGAGUCUUGGUCAUGAGUCAAUUAGGAAAUGCUCUGAGAAAUCACAAAGACUCUAAAGGAUCCGUCAAAACUAGUUGGAUGAAUUUGAGAACGUCAGGUGAGAUUUUAUCAGGUUACUACAAAAAAAACGAGGAUCAAUACUCUACUGGCAGGGUGUUGGUUCCCACAUUAUCCGGAACAGAUCCUCCUGGUAAACUCAAACCAUGGGAACAUGGAGUUGAGGAAUUGCCAGAUCAAAUUGAUGUAUCAUUGAUCACUUUGGUUCUGAGUGGAUCUGGGACAAACAACAACUUGAAGCAGCAUCAUCAACAACAACAACAAGGAGAGAACAGCCACUUUGAUCGGCGGCCGUCCUUAACACGCCGGAUGAGCAGCGCCUCCUUGGCAAUUACGAGCGACAGUCUUGUGAUGUUGGCCAACAAGAGCCAUCCAAAGAAGAACAGACAACAACAAGGAUGCCAAAGCCAUCAAGCAAGCAUUUUGCUCAUGAAUGGCGACCACCUUCUCCUCCGUCUCUUCCUAUCCAACUCGUACAUCUAUAGCAAAUGGUUUGACUGCCUCAAUCUCAUCAAAUCUCUUGCCAACCAAAACCCCCACCAACCCAUUGAAGAUCACAACCAUAACGCUCAUGAGCUCCUUUCCAAUCCCGCCGCUGAGUCAUCUCUCAUUCCUUGCUCUAAUCGCACUCAACCUUUGACUGGCCUUUGGACAGUCGUUCUCAUCAAAUUAGCGAUACAUUUGCAAUUGUCCCUGAUAGGCUCAACGGUAUAG